UUCCUACUCCAGAAAUUCCAUCCAUUUUCUCCACUCUCUUCUUCAAAAAUACAAAAAAACAAAAAAACAAAAAAAAAAAAGAAAAAAUUCAACUAGUAAGAAAAAUAUCACUGUGUUUUGUGCUCUUCUCCAGUUAAUUCUGUUCUUUAAUUUCAGAAAAUCCAGUUUUUGUUCGUUAAAAUCACUGUAUAAGCUCUUCUUCAACCUUAAACUAAGUUUUUCAGUUUUGGUAGUUCAAUCUCCAUUUUUCUUUUAAUUUUUCCUCUUCUUUCUUUUCAAUUUGAACAUCCUCUCUUCCAAUUAUUAUUUUUUUCUACCUGGAAUCAGUUCUUUUUUAGCUUUAUUUUUCAAAAGCUUAAAUUUGUUAUUUAGUUUGCAAUCUAAAACUUCAAAUGGGUUUUUGAUAUAAUCUUACCUUAAAAGAGAAAAGAAAAAAAAGCUUCAGUCUUUAACCAUGGAGGCAACACGAGAAGCUGUGAGUGGCACUAGUGGUGGGGUCACAGUGGUGGGAUCGGAUGCUCCAUCCGAGUACCACAUAGCUCCAAGGUCCGACAACCCGAACCCAUCAACUGGAUCCGCACAACCUCCUCCGCCGCAACCGGCGUCUCAGGGGGGCGCUCCGCCGCCGCCGCCGCCGCCGCCAGCAGCACCCGUUUCAGCGGGUUUGCCGAUGAAGAAGAAACGAGGAAGGCCUCGAAAGUAUGGUCCUGACGGCUCAGUGACCAUGGCUCUUUCUCCAAAGCCGAUAUCAUCGGCAGCGCCACCUCCUGUAAUCGACUUCUCUGUCGAGAAGCGUGGUAAAGUGAAGCCGGCAAGCUCGUUUAGCAAGACAAAGUACGAGCUGGAAAAUUUAGGUGAAUGGGUUGCUUGCUCUGUUGGUGCUAAUUUUACACCUCAUAUCAUCACUGUUAAUUCCGGUGAGGAUGUAACGAUGAAGAUCAUAUCAUUUUCUCAACAAGGACCUCGAGCGAUUUGCAUUCUCUCGGCUAAUGGUGUUAUUUCAAGUGUUACACUUCGUCAGCCAGAUUCUUCUGGCGGUACAUUAACAUAUGAGGGCCGAUUUGAGAUACUGUCUUUAUCUGGUUCUUUUAUGCCCAACGACAAUGGGGGAACCAGAAGCCGAUCUGGUGGGAUGAGUGUUUCAUUAGCAAGUCCAGAUGGACGUGUCGUGGGCGGUGGAGUUGCUGGUCUACUAGUAGCUGCUAGUCCUGUCCAGGUUGUGGUAGGCAGUUUCUUAGCGGGGAACCAGCACGAGCAGAAGCAAAAGAAACAAAAGCACGAGAUAAUAAAAACUACAAUAACAACUACCGCUAUUCCUGUUUCUACUGCUGAUCCCAGAGCAACCCCCACCCUCUCAUCAUCGUCCUUGCGUGGAGAAAACUGGUCUUCAUUGCCAUCGGAUUCAAGAAACAAAUCAACAGACAUUAAUGUAUCUUUGCCAGGUGGGUAAACACCUAUAGAGGGUCAACUUGUCUCCGGAAUUGAACCUCACCUGGGUUGCUUUUGUUGUCUGUAAACUACGAAAUAUUUAUCAGUAUGAGCAUGUUUAUGAUUUUUUCAUGGCGUUUUUGUUUCAAGUAGCAUUUUUAGUUGAUGAGCUGAUUAGGUAGAGUUGUGCUGGUGUUGUGUAACCUGUAAUGUAGAAUAUUUUUACAUGUCGAUUUUCGGAGUGAUCGAGUUUGUGGUUCAGAAAGAAAAAAUACCAGAGUUGUCUUUGUGAUUUCUUGUUAA